CCUUGAGAAGCUUGUGGUUAUUUGAAGUGAAUUUGAUAUGAGAGAGGUCGUUAAUGUGAAGAAUUUACUUGUUCAUAAAUGUGACUUAGAUGGCCUCCAUGCUUUGGUUACUGUUUUUGGAUUCGAUGCUCAUGCUCUCAGGGUUCACUUGUAAUAAAUGUUGUGUGGAGACAACGUAGUCUGUUCGUUCUAAACAGUUCAUUAGUUUUCCUUGUUAGAACAGCGACAUAGCAGACUGCAGGUAAAUUGAUGGCGAUGAUCUGGGUUGGGAUGGGUGUCACAACCUGUAUAUGAUCUGAAAAAAAAGGGGAUUUCUAAGUGUGAUAUAUGAAGCUGAUCAGAGUUUUUUACUCCGGACCAUGAUGGCUAGUAUUUUGAGAAAGGCCAAACAGAGGAAAUACCUCUUUGAAGCCAUAUGACUAAAAAAAGUGUUAUUUUCUCAGUAACCACAAUAAUCGUUUGUUUUACUUGAUUUGUGAAUUUAUUAUAUUUCGUUGGCGCAGGACACUUUGAAAUGGAGAAUUACGAAAUUAAAAUGGAUGGUUAUCCGCUAGGAGGAGGAGCCUAUGGAAUUGUUUAUUCAGCUAUUGACAAAGCUACUAAUCAAGCGGUAGCUCUAAAAAUGAUUCCUCUUUUGCAUGCUGAAAUUACAAAGAGGUUGGCUGGAGAGAUAUAUCUGCUGUAUGAAAUAGAACAUCCCAACAUCGUCAGGUGUGCUGUUUCCUCCACUCAGAAAAGAGGUUGUCCUCCGAUGACCCUUAAUAUAUAUAUGAAGUUGAUUCACAGGUUACAGCGCGCCUUCUUCCAUGAUGGCAAUCUGUGCUUGGUGUUUGAGCAAUUCAAUUUCAGUAUGAAAGAGCUUUUGGAGGCAAAAUCACCAAGAUUCAAAGAUCCAGACAUAAUAAAGGACCUUAUGCGACAAAUUCUCAGUGGUACCUCGUAUUGUCACGGCCUUGGAAUUUUGCAUCGUGACUUGAAACCAGAAAAUGUGCUCAUCUCUGGAGAAAAGCUGGUGCUUAGUGACUUUGGAUCAGCUCGGGGUUUCAUCAACUCUAACACCACACUUAGCCCCCAGGUCACUACCAUAGCGUAUAGGGCGCCAGAGAUGCUUUUAGGUGCUCCAACCUACACAGGUGCUGUUGAUGUUUGGUCUAUAGGGUGUAUAUUUGCUGAGAUGGUGAGGGGAAAGGAUUUAUUUGUAGGGCAUUCAGAGAUAGAGGUAUUAAAAGAGAUAUUCAGCAUAAUUGGAACUCCUAAGGAGGACGAGCUCUCUUCAUUACCAUCAUUCCGUCUGGCCAUUCCCAAUAAUAAACCCAAGGAUUUAACUGAGGUGGUGCCGCAGUUGAACGAUGAUGGAAUUGAUCUCCUUGGAAAAAUGCUGGUUCUCGACCCUCGUGCUAGAAUCACCGCAAAAGCUGCUUUGGCACAUCCCUACUUCACAAAGCAGGAGAUAUGCGGAGCAAGAAAGUUUACGCAUGCUGGCAUUGAUCCCACGUUGUGUUGUAAAUAUGAUAUCAUGUUUUCAAACAUUGUUGCUACUGGUUAGUAUGAUUGGGCUCCAUCACAGGGUCUGAAUUCUCAUGAAGAUGGUUUCGAUGAAAGGCGAACUAAUGCAGUUAAUGAGGGCCCUCAUUUAGAGGAAGGUAGUGGAGAUUCUGAGGAGGAUAGUCUACCAAAUUUUGUUGAUGAUGUCAAUAAUAUGGUUGUUGGUGUCACUUUUUCCAACAGCACAAGCAAUCCCACUCGCAGUAGUGGGAAGAGAAAAGGUGUGCAACAAAGUUCACAAAAAAAUGAGAAAAAAAGGGUAUGCUAGAAGGGGAUCGCAAUUGUUUUCGUGUUUAGAUAAGUUGGUCGAUAGUGUGUCUACCAAGAGUGAAUGCACAUUGAGUGGUUUGGAUAAAAAAUAAUGUAGUAUAGAAGAGGUCAUG